AUGGCAAAGUCAUCACCUCUCGCAGAUCAGAUUGUGCUGGUCACUGGCGCCAGCCGAGGAUUAGGGUGGGCCAUCCUGAAAGCUUUCAUUGGCAACGGAGCACGCGUCGUGCUCAAUUACAGGUCAACACCUGCAGAUCAGCUUCACAAUACGAUCUCCAGUGAGUAUCGUGACGACGAAGACACUCGGUCUAGAAUUUUUCCGUGUCAAGGGGACAUCACGGAUCCCGCCCAAUGCAGAGCGAUCUUCUCCGCCGCCGAGCAGCACUUUGGAUCGCCCAUAACCACGGUCGUGAACAACGCCAUGGCCGGCAAAUUCAAAUUCAAUGGCGACGCAAGACCGAAAAUUCACGAGCUAGAAUGGGAGCAGAUCGAUACCCAACUGCAAGGAUUCUUGAGAGGUACACUCAACACUACCAAGGCAGCUCUCCCGGGCUUUGAAGGGACUGGCUUCGGCCGCAUCGUCAACAUUGGCACCAAUCUGCUGUCCAAUCCUGUUGUUCCAUACCACGAUUAUGUGGCUGCCAAAGGUUCGUUGCUGGCAUUCACUCGCACGAGUGCUGCAGAGCUUGGCGAGAAGAACGUCACUGUCAACAUGGUCUCCGGAGGCCUCCUACGUGUCACCGAGGCCAGUGAGUCUACGCCAGAUGAUGUCUUCAAGCUCAUCGAGGGAGUCACGCCACUGAAGAGAGUGAUCACACCUGAGGAAGUUGCAGACGUUGUCUUGUUCUUCGCCAGUCCUUGGAGUCGUGCCGUGACUGGCCAAGAUAUUCAGGUGGAUGGGGGCUUGGUCAUGCGAUGA